CUUAAUUAAUGUCUCAACAAAUAUAUCAGUAUUUUCCACCUAUGGCCCUGUGAACUUAUAAAAUUCCCAACUACUCCUCUCUGUUUAAGUAAAUUUCGCUUAACCUUCACAACAGUACCUUCAAAUUUCAGUUUCAGUGCAUUCAAAGCUCUUCAAGGAGUUUUUCCAUACACUACCGUGAUUAUUACUGUUUACUUACCAAUUUUUUUUUCUUUUUUUGGUUUGUUUAUUUAAAUCUGGCGCGAAUCUUGAGUUAUCAAAAAAUGGAAGAUCUUUAAAUUUGUCGAAAUAAAGUUGGAUUUGUUUAUGUUUGAGGUGUUUUGGAGAUACUGAAUCUUUAUUAAAGCACUUUCUUUUCUAUAUAAUACUCAGUCAAACAGUCGCAACUUUUGCUUCCCGAAACAGCAGGGUAAGUUAAAAUUGGUUCAAUAAAUGAAGUUUCUUUAUUUAUACACCACCAACAAAUUCCUGUUGGUCAAUUAUACGACCUUAACUGCAGUUGAGAAGUCUAUAUGCUGAGCAAGGAAAUGCUGUCAGCUUGCAUUCAGCUGGAAUGAAGAACUCACAGAGUACAAAAGAAAUACAAUCCCCGACCCAAAUUUCACUUGAAUCUCAAAAUGAUGAACAAAACAACCAAACAACAGAGGCUCCUUUGGCAGAUUCUGGUUCAAUAUCCGCAUCAAGCAAUGAUGGAAGAAAAGUUUCCCGCCAAGAUAUUGAACUUGUCCAAAAUUUAAUAGAAAGGUGUCUACAGUUGUAUAUGAAUAGAGAUGAAGUUGUUAAAACCCUCUUGACUCGUGCCAGGAUUGAUCCUGGAUUUACUACUUUGGUGUGGCAGAAGUUGGAGGAAGAAAAUGCUGAUUUCUUUAGGGCUUACUAUAUUAGGCUAAAGCUGAAGAGGCAAAUUAUUUUAUUCAAUCAUUUGCUUGAGCAUCAAUAUCAUCUGAUGAAGUAUCCUGUACCUCCAAAGCUUCUUUUAGCUCCCAUACAAAAUGGGAUUCAUCCCAUGCCUGUUAACAACUUACCUAUGGGGUAUCCAGUGCUUCAGCAACCUCCAAUGCCAGCUGCUGGUCAACCUCAUCUUGACUCCAUGGGAUGUGGAAUCUCAAGUUGUCGUGUAAAAUAUGGAAUACCAGCACCAGGCAAUUUUCAUCCUAUGCAAGUGAAUUCUGGGAAUGACACGGUUAUGGACAACAGUGCAGCAGAAGUAGCUCCUGCUAUUCCUCAUAACAGUGGCAUGUCGUCCUUAUCAGAAAUGGAUGUGAGUCCUACAUCAGUGGCAUCUAGUGGCCAUUUCCCCUUCACUGCAUCAGAAAUGUCAGGAAUGGGUGUGGACGCAUGUGCACUUGAUACAACAUUUACAUCUGAUGUGGCCAGUUCAGUGGGAUUGCAGCUUGGACUGGAUGGUGGGGCUGGAAAUUCUAGAGAUUCCCUCAGAUCACUGGAUCAGAUUCCAUGGAAUUUUAGCCUCUCAGAUCUAACAGCAGAUUUGCCAAACUUGGGGGAUCUAGGACCUCUGGGAAACUAUCCUGGUCCCCCUUUUCUACCCUCUGAUUCAGAACUUCUGCUUGAUUCACCAGAUCAAGAGGAUAUAGUGGAGGACUUCUUUGUUGACUCAGUCCCAGGACCACCAUGCCUCAUUCGGAUGAAGAGAACUCCUAGAAUAAGGUGAGUCUAUUUUCUGUUAAAAAUUGGCAGGAUAGGGCAAAGUUAGACCGAUAAAAUAGUAAAAAUAGUCGUCAUCAAAUUAGUGAACAGGCUGCUUUUGUUGUUAUUAUUAACAAAUGUCAUCCUUUGAGCGUUGUAGUAAUCUAGACUAUUUAAUUAAUAUUAGCAUGCAAUCGGGAAAGUAA